AUGAGUACGGGCACCUAUUCAGAAUCAGAGCUAUCUGUAUCAGAAUUUGCAGCAUGGUUACUAAACGUUGGGGAUGGUGUUUUAGGAGAAUCAGAUCCUAUUGAUAAAAAAGACACAAAAUGGAUUGAAAUACCCUCUUCCCUCACUAUACUACCAGGAGAAAAUGCAUUGAAAAAUCUUAUAAAUUUUGUAUAUGGUGACGGGAUUCUUCUCAAUCCUUCUCCAUCUGUAUUGGCAGAGCUGGGGUAUGCAUCUCCGGGAACAGCACUGCAGGUACGCAUUCUCCGUACAUGGACGCCACAAGUCCGAGGUCAUGAAACCUGGUUUUUAGCGAUCGACAAAUAUGGUGAUGCAAUCCAAAUUCUUGGUCAAAGAAAGGAUCAAGGCUUUGUACAGUUUGCUCUUGCUAUUUCUAAAUGCUACACGUUGACUAAAUAUGGAUGUGGAGAACCAGACGCAUACCAGAAAUGGUUACACAAUCCAGUAUACAUCGCUGUUGGCACCGCGUCCUGUAUUACCUCUAUCCCAGACACAGUUACUAUUCCAACACACUGGUUUAACUUCAUACCAAAAAGCCAAAUACCAGCUUAUAUCAACCAAUACCCAGAUUUCUUAGGAGUUUUCGUUAAACUGGUGGCCUGUAUUAAGAAAAACGAUGAACCUUACCUGCUCCUCAUUCUAAGGAAUGAAUUUGGUGAAGAUAUUGUGAUAAGCUUGUGGAAAGAAUGCACUGACGCACCUUCAAAAUUUAAUCGGAAUGCAAUUCAGAAUGCACUUGCUCCUACUGUCAUUGUUGUCACAAACGUCCGAAUCAUGGAUUAUGGUGGUUCAUUAAGAUUAGGAACUAGUAGUGCAACCCACAUAUACGUAAAUCCACCUAUCAAAGAAACAGAUACACUUCUAGACAGCUACAAGAUAAAUGUUGCUUCAAUACCUCUGUUUGGACUUCCAGUGCCACUUACAGAGAUAAAUGAGAAAAAACAUUCAGAUCUCUUGGAAAAAACUUUUACAGCAGAGGCAUCCAUAAUAGAGUACCUUUUUUCAGAUUAUUGGUACCAAGUUUUCUAUCCACAGUGUAAGAUAUCAACACUAAAACAAGGAAAGGACUGGUUCUGUCCAUCACACAGAACGAUCACCUCUCCAACUCCCAUGUACAAGCUUAUGGCAACAAUUACGGACCCAACUUCCUCAAUGACGGUUACCUUAUCUGGCAACGCUGGCCAGAAAAUAUUUGGAACAACAGCAGAUAAACUCAUACUAGAAGGCGACCCAAACCAUAGGAAAAAAUUGCCCAACAUUAUAAAAGAGACCGAAGGUAUCACAAAAAAGAUGAAAUUAAGGAUCACAAACACGUCAACUGAAAGGAACAUCCGUUUCAUAAUAACUGAUAUCGAAGACAACUCUUCUCAAUCAUCAUCAAUAACAACCCCACCUUCAGAAAAUACAUCCUCCUCUAAUGUUCCUCAUAAAACACCUACGUGUUCAUCCGCACAAAAUCAACCCAAAGUCAAGAGGGCAUUAAAUUUUGAAAAUACAGGUAUGGACAAAUCUGAUGCAGGCCCGAAACGAGCACGUCGGUCGCAAUAA